GAGGAACAGUCGUAUCACAUUGAAUUUGAAUUGAAUUUAGAAUGUUUUGUCAUCAAUCUACGUUGACAGAAGUGUUAUAGUUAUCUUCUUCUUCAUCAGUUCAUAACUUCAUAUACCUUUAGGACUUUGUUCUUCGUGCAUUCCCUUCCUCUUCGUCUGCUUGGUACGCCAUGGAUGAGCCGACGCAAAGGUCGGAACCAACCUCCGACGGUGCCGGAAGAAGUUACUGGCGGUGGAGCAAGCACGAUCUUUUCCCGGGAGACUCAUUCCAUAGUCUCCAAUCCUAUCGGAGGGCGUUAUCGGAGACAUGCCCUCGUCUCGUGGACCGCCUCACCAACCGCUCCACAGAUGACUACGAGCUCCUCCAGCUACCCAAGGAGAGCGAGAACGACAUGAGGAAGUGCCUCACUUGGUGGGACUUGAUGUGGCUCAGUUUCGGUGCCGUCGUCGGCUCCGGCAUCUUCAUCAUCACCGGCCAAGAAGCACAUGAUCAUGCGGGACCAGCAAUUGUCUUAUCUUACGCUGCUUCCGGCCUCUCCGCGUUGCUCUCCGCUUUCUGCUACACCGAAUUCGCCGUCGAAAUCCCUGUCGCCGGAGGUUCGUUUUCUUUCCUACGUAUCGAAUUGGGUGAUUUUGUUGCCUUUAUUGCUGCUGGAAACAUUUUCUUAGAGGCUCUUGUAGGUGCUGCUGGAUUGGGUCGGUCUUGGACAUCGUAUUUUUCUACUAUGAUCAAAGACGACCCUGAUUUUCUACGAAUUCGAGUGGGUUCUUUCAAAGAAGGGUUUAACAUGUUAGAUCCUUUGGCUGUUGUAGUGCUUUUACUUGCUAAUGGUAUUGCUGUCUCUGGAACAAGAAGGACUUCCAUAUUGAAUUGGAUUAGUUCUGUGGCUACUACAUUUAUAAUUGGGUUUAUAAUCGUGGUUGCAUUUAUUCAUGCCAAGAUUUCAAACUUAGUACCUUUUGCCCCAGACGGGGCAAAAGGAGUUUUUGAGGCUGCAGCAGUUGUGUUCUGGUCCUACACUGGUUUUGACAUGGUGGCAACCAUGGCCGAAGAAACAAAGAAGCCUUCAAGGGAUAUACCAGUGGGUUUGAUUGGCUCAAUGACUAUGAUUACUGUGAUAUACUGUGUAAUGGCUUUGGCACUCACAAUGAUGCAGAAAUACACUGAGAUAGAUAGGGAUGCUGCCUAUUCUGUUGCCUUUGUGAGCAUUGGCAUGAAUUGGGCUAAGUAUCUCGUGAGUAUAAGUGCAUUGAAGGGAAUGACCACAAGCUUGCUUGCUGGAUCUCUAGGGCAAGCUAGAUACACGACUCAGAUUGCAAGAUCCCACAUGAUCCCACCCUUGUUUGCUCGUGUUCACCCAAGAACUGGAACCCCUGUGAAUGCUACUCUUUUGAUUACCAUAGGCAGUGCAAUUAUUGCCUUUUUCUCUAGUUUGGAUGUUUUGUCUAGUGUUUUCUCUUUCAGCACCCUGUUCAUUUUUAUGCUUAUGGUUGUUGCUUUACUGGUGAGGAGAUACUAUAUCAGGGAUAGAACAUCAAGGAAUGAUUUGAUCAAACUUGUUGUGCUCUUGUGUGUUGUUAUUGGUUCUUCUGCUGUUGGAACUGCGCUUUGGAGCUCAGAUAAGCUAGGAUGGGUUGGUUAUUCAGUAGCUGCUAUUGUCUGGUUUGUGGCAACAUUGGUAAUGGCUUCCGUUCCGAAAAAGCGAACUCCGAAGGUUUGGGGUGUUCCACUGGUUCCAUGGCUGCCUUCACUGUCCAUUGCAAUGAACGUUUUUCUGUUGGGAUCAUUAGGUUCUGUGGCAUUCUGGAGGUUUUUGAUUUGCUCUGCAGUAAUGCUUCUAUAUUAUUUAUUCAUUGGUGUUCAUACAACCUAUGAUCUUGCACAUGAGAAUGAACCAGGAUCAAAAUACGAACAGGGAAAUGAUGAGAAAAAUGGAGAGGUCUUGUAAAAAGUUUCAAUUCUGUGAUAUUGGGAAUGUUUGAGUGGCGUGAUUAUAUUGUUUUUAUUACACAGCCUCUGCAACCCAAAUAGAGUUUUCUGUGUAAGAUGUGGAACAAUUUAACCUGCUCAGUCAUGGAAUCAAAUUAGUUCAGAUUUGCAUUUUG